AUGGCCGAGGACAUUGGAGUGACCCGUUUCCGGGAAUAUCUAAGAGUUAACACAGAGCAACCGAAACCGGAUUACGGUGAGUCUGAUGAUCUUUCAUCACCAUUUUGAUCAACACUCGAAAAACGAUUUCUUAUCAGUGGCCUGCCGCGACUUUCUUUUCAAGUAUGCUGAUGAAUUGGGAAUUGCGAGAAGGGCCAUAGAAGUAACUGCAGGAAUUUGAAAUAUUACUCCAAAAAACCCAUUCCAGACUGCUCCGGGUACUUUCUUCGUCAUAAUGACGAUCCCAGGAUCCCGUCCGGAACUCUCCUCGGUGAUGCUCUACUCGCACACAGAUGUUGUUCCGACUUUCCGUGAGCACUGGGAUCAUGAUCCUUACUCUGCUUACAAAGACGAACAGGGAAACAUUUACGCGCGAGGAGCACAAGACAUGAAGUGCGUCGGAGUGCAGUACAUGGAGGCCAUUCGUAAUUGGUUUGCAAAAGGAAUCAAACAGUGGACAAGAACGAUCCACAUUGUGUGGGGACCAGAUGAGGAGAUCGGGCACGUCAACGGAAUGCGAGGAUUCUCUGCAACCGAAGAGUUCAAGAAGCUUAACAUCGAGUUCGCCCUCGACGAAGGAAUCGCAGCCGAAGAUAACGUGUACAAAGUGUUCUACGCGGAGAGAAUCCCUUGGUGGAUCAAGGUCACUCUUCCCGGAAACCCUGGUCACGGAUCCAAGUUCAUUGAAAAGACAGCUGUCGAGAAGCUGGUGAGAACGAGUGUUGCGUUCCAUCACAGAGUGUAUGUUCUUUUAGCAAAAGCUGAUCGCUAGUGUCGAUGAGUUCCGCAACGAGCAAAAGGCGCUGCUGGCCGCCAACCCGGAACUGACGAUCGGAGACGUGACCACGUCGAAUGUAACUAUUAUCAACGGAGGAGUGCAAGUGAACGUUGUCCCGGAAAAAUUCGAAGCUUGUCAGUUCUGAGCUUGAAUCUGCUCCGAUUUAACCCGAUAUUCCAGACAUCGACGUUCGAGUGACUCCUCUUCAGGACUUGGACGAAGUACGGGCUCGCGUCGACAUAUGGGCAAAGAACGCCGGCGAGGGAGUUACCUACGAGUUCAUGCAGGUAAUCCGCGCCUCCUCUCGCACUUUUCUGUCUUCUCACACGCUUACUUCACCUAACCGCUUCUUGUCCAACGUCAUUUUCAGUCGACUAAUCCGGCUGACAAAUCGACCGUCGAUUUCAAGACAGUAAGUGUCCACGGACGUGAUCGUGAUAGACCUACGUGGAAUAGGUUUCUCUCGCUCUACUUUCCGUUCAUGUUUCCUUGUUUUUUUUUGGGUUAUAAUGGGUCUUUAGCUUUAAAAAACGCAUCGAAAGGUAGGUUCUUCCCACUGCGAAUAAAAAAGGAUCAUUUGCAGUUUUCCGACUUCAAACUGAUUUCCCCGCACACGAGAGAAGAUCCGUUCUGGGCUGCCAUCGACGACGGCCUUCAAAAAGAGUGAGUUCCCCUAUUCUCACGUAAAAGAGCAUGUCAUUCAUUUCAUUUCAUUUCAGGGGAUGCACGUACAAAAAGGAAAUCUUCAUCGGCGCCACCGAUUCCCGUUUCGUCAGAGCGGUAAUUGAAUAUCUUCGUUUGGUUAGCGUCAUUUUAUUUUUGUUGUCAGCAAGGAAUCCGUGCGAUCGGUUUCUCUCCAAUCAUCAACACGCCGUCCCUUCUGCACGAUCACAACGAGUUCCUCAAUGAGAAGACUUUCCUGAGAGGUUGACUGACUGACAUAGCCUUACUCUAACCUGAAAUGACUGCAGGCGUCCAAAUCUACGAGACUCUCAUCAACAACUUGGCGAACGUCAACUGA